AUGUUGCUUCAAGUCAUCUUGGUGGUCACGUUGUGGCAGUCGGGAUUCUUGCUGAUAUCCUCAGGUUCCAGCAGUGUAACUAUUUUCAGCCAAAGCGAUGCCGACAACCUGUCCGAUUGCGAUACCUUUGACGGAAGUAUCACCAUCUCCUCUGCCGUUACUGGUGAGAUCACCAUCAGCAACGUGGAAGAGGUUAAUGGAGCGAUCACCGCCGAGGGGGUAACAGGACUUACUAAAUUGAUCGCUCCUGACCUCGACACCGUUAAGGGAGCCCUGACAUUGAACGGACUCGAUUCUCUCACGGCGCUGACUAUGAAUGCGCUGUCUAAGGUGUCUUCGGAGCUCUCAAUUGCCAAAAACUCACGGCUCAAAACAGUUCACUUUGAAGGCCUCGAGGAAGUUGAGGGGCAACUAAUAUUGACGGGCUCAUUCAAGAGUGUAUCGCUUCCAUCCCUGGACCAGGUCAAAGGCCGAACAAUUAUUCGAGGGGGCAGUUGCAUGUCUUGCAGCACGUUUGACAGUCUGAAAUCGGAUGAGGUCUUCAAAGGUGAAUACUUAUGCUCGACUGGAUCACCGGGCAACUCACUUAGUGCCGGCGCGAAAGGUGGUAUCGCGGUAGGCAUCAUCGUCGCGGUCCUGCUUAUAUUACUCCUGCUGUGGUACAUGAUAUGGCAGCGACGUCAGCGAAAGAGCAGGCGUAGCGGCGCAGAUUCUUCACCUUCGCUGGCAGUAACUUCAGAAAAACCAUUUAGUUCCCAAUACAAGUCCGUCGCUUCAGAUAUCCCCCCAUCUGUUUCGCAUAUGUCGCCUCCUUCGUCUCUCUCGCCUCCACCACUGGCCAGCGCACGUGUGCAACGCAAAUCAAUUGGGCCGUCGCCAGCCGUCUUAGAUGGGAGGUCAAUCCAUGAAGCACCACACACGGUGACUCCCGUGCAAGAAUAUCAUGAGCUUGAUGCCGGACCGGUCUUCAGCACCCACCAGCGACCAAUUAAUACCGAGGGCAGAGUCCAUGGGUGA